AUGCAUGAGAGCACCGAUGACUCGCCCGCCAGCACCAAGCUCUGCUGCACCAUCGGGCCCGUCUCGAACGACGUGGCCACGCUGUGCGCGCUGCUGGGGGCGGGGAUGAGCCUGGCGCGCUUCGACCUCUCUUACGGAGACCCGUCGCUGCACCAGGUCGGACUCGACAAUGUGCGCAAGGCGGUGCAGGCCACGCGCCAGCUGUGCGCCACCGUGAUGGACACGCUGGGGCCGGAGAUCGUGGUGCUCAACAGGUCCCCAGACCCCAUCGCCCUCACCGCCGGCCAGACCAUCACCCUCACCUGCGACGCCGCCGCGCCAGCCUCCAGCUCCCUGCUCCCCAUCUCCUACCCCUCCCUGCACGGCUCCGGCCUGCAGCCGGGGCGCAACAUAUUCGUCGGCCAGUACCUUUUCACCGGGUCAGAGACCACGAGUGCCUACCUGACUGUGCAGUCGGUGGCGGAGGACGGCCAGAGCGUCGCGUGCCUGGUGGCCAACUCGUGCGUGCUGGAGGGGGUGCAGCUGACGGUGCACUUUGGCAACAUGAGCAACGCGGCGCCCAUCCUCUCGGAGCAGGACAAGAGGGCGCUGGUGCGCUUUGGCAAGCCCAACGCGGUGGACUUUGUGGCGUUGAGCUUUACGAGGUCGGCCGCUGACGUGGCGGAGGCGCGCGCCUACCUCGACGCCAUCGGCAUGCGCAACACCAAGAUCAUCGCCAAGAUCGAGAACAAGGAGGGUCUGGUGAACCACAGGGAGAUCAUCGGUGCGGCCGACAGUGUGGUGCUGUCCCGGGGCUCCAUGGGCAACUGCCUCGACCCCGAGAAGAUGUUCCUCGCGCAGAAGAUGCUGCUCUCGGAGUGCAAUUUUGCGGGCAAGCCCGUGUUUGUGACGCGCGUGGUGGACACCAUGACUGAGGCGCCCCGCCCCACCAGGGCCGAGGCCACCGACGUGGCCAACCUGGUGCUGGACGGCGCUGACGGCAUCAUCCUGGGCUCGGAGACGUUCAGGGGGAAGUUCCCGCCCUGCAGCAGCGUGUGGGCGUGA